AUGCCCGCCGGCCCCACUGCCGGCUCCGCGGCUGGCCCUUCCCCGGCCAGGGGCAGCCCAGCCAUGAGAGAGGUGGAGCCCAAGGACCAGCCGCUCACGGUAGCACUUCGGAUCCGCCCGCUCAGUGACACAGAACUGGAGGAAGGGGCCGCCGUCAUCGCCCACAAGGUGGGGGACCAGACGGUGGUGCUCAUGGGCCCCAGCGAAGAUCCUGAGGACACGCUGCGCACACACCGGUCGCAGGAGAAGACCUUCAUCUUUGACGCUGUUCUGGACCAGCAUGCGUCACAGGAAGAUGUGUAUCGUGCCACCACCCAGCACCUCGUGGAAGGCGUCGUGUCUGGGUACAACGUGACAGUGUUUGCCUAUGGCCCCUCAGGCGCGGGGAAGACCUACACCAUGCUGGGCAUGGACGCGGAGCCCGGCAUCUACCUGCGGACCCUCACCGACCUCUUCCAGGCCAUUGAGGAGACCCGCGACCAUGCGGACUGCAGCGUGUCCAUGUCUUACCUGGAGAUUUAUAACGAAGUGAUCCGGGAUCUCCUGAACCCAUCCUCGGGGUUCUUGGACCUGAGGGAGGAUUCUCGGGGCAACAUCCAGAUCGCAGGCAUCAUGGAGGUCUCCACCUCGAACGCCCAGGAGAUCAUGCAGCUCCUCACCAAAGGCAACCGGCAGCGCACGCAGGAGCCCACGGCCGCCAACAAGACAUCCUCUCGCUCCCACGCAGUGCUACAGGUUACUGUGCGCCGGCGGAGCCGCGGGGCAGACUCGCUGGAGGAAGUGCGCAUCGGGAGGCUCUUCAUGGUGGACCUGGCGGGCUCGGAGCGGGCGUCACAGACCCAGAACCGCGGCAAGAGGAUGAAGGAGGGCGCCCACAUCAACCGCUCCCUGCUGGCUCUGGGCAACUGCAUCAGCGCACUCAGCGAGAAAGGUGGCAGCCGGGCGCAGUAUGUGAACUUCCGGGACAGCAAGCUCACAAGACUGCUGAAGGAUGCCCUGGGGGGAAACAGCCGCACGGUGAUGAUCACGCACAUCAGCCCGGCCAGCACGUCCUUCGAGGAGUCUCGGACCACCCUGCUGUACGCCUACAGGGCCAAGAACAUCAAGACGCGGGUGAAGUGUAACCUGCUGAAUGCGUCCUCCCGUAUUGCGCAGUACACAGACGUCAUCUCUGAUCUGCGCCGGGAGAUCGAGCGCCUCAAGUCCAAAACUGAGACUCAGGAGGGGGCUGGGAAGGCCAGUGGGAAGGAAGAUGGGGUGGUUGUAGAGAAUUUGCAAAGCUGGGUGGAAAUACAAGCAGGGGAAGAGGGAGAGGGAGAAAUGAACAAGAUCCGGGCGCAGCUCAUCCGGGCCUUUAAGGAGCAGCUGGAGAUGCGGCGCAGCCUGGUGGAGCUGGAGAACACCAACAUCGAGCUGCACGUUGACGUGUCCCGCCACCUGCUGACCAUUGCUGACUGGGAGCGGGAGAAGACCCAUGAGCAUGUGCACAGGGACAGGACACCAGAGAGGGACGAGAUGCCAGCAGAGGCCGACGUGGAUGGGGACGAGGGCGAGUCCUCGGAGCCACAUGAGGUGGCUCUGGCCAGAGAGGAGGUCAACAUGCUUUUGGCUGAGCAGCGGAAGACCACGGCCCUCAAGAGCCCCUGCGUCUGCGCAGUGGUCACCGUGCAGUAUCUGUUCAGGCUCGUGGAGAGCCCCGUGGAGGAGGGGGUUGGGGUGCAGGCUCUGGGUUGGUCGGUCUGCUCUGGAGACCUGUGCUCCUGGGCCGGGCUGGAGCGGCGGCUGGCCAACGCCAAGAGGAAGGUGUCACAGCUGGAGAAGCUGCUGCCCACGCAGGCGGUCAGCGAGGACCAGCGGGAGGUGCUGCGGCUGCUGUGCCGGGCGCACGAGCUGGAGGUGGAGAACACGGAGCUGCGGGCCGACAAGCUCUGCCAGGGAAGCCUGCUGCGUCAGAAGGACCUGGUGAUCCAGCGCCACCAUCAGCACCGGCUGCUGUGCGAGCGGCUCAUCCAGGACCUGUGGCAGCUGGUGCAGGGUGGUGGUGUCGCAGUGCCGGAGGCCCUGGACCGGCGCUUCUGCCUGUACUUGCGGGAGCUGGGCGUGGGCUCGCUGAACCACCUGAUGCUGCUGCACUCGGUCCUGUCCAGCUCCCUGCAGGAUGGCUCAGCUCUGAACAUAUCCCCCCCGCUGCCGGAGGAGGCCAGCCAAGACCAGCCGGACGACAGGAAGGAUCUCCCGUGGGGUGCCCAGUUUGAGCUGCCGCUAAUGCUGCUGGAGACGGACAGGUACCCGUACUUUCCCCUCUGCCCUCUGGGCAUCGCCGUGCUCUCAGCAGGCGCACCAUUGAACUCCCUGAGUGUGAAGAAUUUGGUCUCCAAGCUGUGCUCCAUGACCAGCCCAGAACUGGGCACCUCGCGGGCAGCAGCAGAGGCCAGCAGCCCGGCCCUGAGUGCCCAGGCCCUCGAGGACAUGGCCGCAAGCACCAAAAGCAUCGCUCUCAUCGCAGCUGCCCGGCGUUUCAAGGCACAGGACCGUGGUUGGGGCAGUGGCCACUCCUCCCUCCACCUUCCAGAGGAAGUGGCCCUGGACUCCAGGGACCCGAAGGCCAGUGUCACCACAGCCCCGAGCCCAGCAGACCGGAGGUGGCCUCUCGCCAGCCCGGGCAGGGACCACUCUGUGGAGAGGAAGGCCAGGAGGAAGCGGUCACCAUCCCUCACCUGGAGUGUGCAGCCGGUGCUGGACCCUGCCUCUGACAGCCAGCCGCCCCCAGCACUCCCACAGCUGACAAAGUCGUCUGGGAAGAGCUUCUUCCCCGCCGUCCCCAUGGCCUCCAAGAUAAAACCCAGCCUUAGCGUCCACGCAGAUGAGAAGAGGCCCCCAGUGCCCGAGGUCAGCUUCACCUUCCCCAGUGCCACGUGGCAGAGCAGCCCAGGCCCGAGCAAGGCCCCGUUCCGGCCCCGGGACAUCCGAGCGGCCAUACCUCCCCAGUGGCUCCCUGGUGGGGGCUCGGGUCCCGAAAGGGAGCAGGAGUACUGCGCCAGCCGGGUGCUCGUAUUCAGGAACAGUGAUGCCUGUUCCGUGACUGACGGUUAG